GUUUUUCUACUUCAAACGAUAAUAAUGCAAAUGAGUGGGAUAAUCAAAUUUCGGUAUUCAUGCGCCAGUUCGUCACCAACUUUUUAAUACGUUGUUUAAUACAUUGUGAUUGUUCUGAGUAAGGAAUGUCCACCAAAUUAUCGAAAUUGCAUUUGGUCUUCAUGACACUUUCAGUUCUAGCGAUCACUGGAAUGUUAUUGUCGAAUCGCUUUGAAUACAUUCAAAUAAAGAUUUCGUUGUACAGAGACUAUUACGAGUUAGUCGAUAUUGGGUUCAAUUUUAAAAUUUUGAGCCAAGUUUGCUCUGAGAACACCCCCAUGAUGUUACAUGUGGUUGUUAGUGCGGCCAACAAUAUUUUAAGACGGAAUGUCAUAAGAAAAAUGUGUAAAAAUGAUAGUGCAAUAGUCAAAACAGUGUUCGCUUUAGGGAUGCCCCAGAACGCAACCUUACAGAAAGAAAUCGAGCAAGAAAACUAUCUGUACUCAGAUAUUAUUCAAGGUAAUUUCAAUGAUGCCUACAGAAAUAUGACUUACAAACACGUAAUGGCAUUAAAGUACUUAAAUUAUUACUGUUCCAAUGCAAAUUAUCUACUCAAAACUGACGACGAUAUAUUUGUAAACACAAAAAUAUUACAGAAAUUCGUUUCAACCAAUCUUAAGGAACGUUAUCCCAAAAAUUUAAUUCUAUGCAAGCCGCAGAUGCAUGCGCCUGUAUAUAGAUCCAGUUCGAAAUGGAACGUCUUAAAGUCCGAAUACUCACCGGAUUUCUACCCGCCGUACUGUCCAGGUUGGAUGAUCAUCUACUCAUCUGAUGUUGUCAAGCAUCUUUACCAAAAAUCUCGCGAAAGGAAGAAUGAGUUUUUGUGGAUCGAUGAUGUAUUCGUUUCGGGUAUACUUGCUACAAAUCUGAGUACACCGCACAAAAGAUUGUCAUCGGUUUAUAUAAUGCCGCGAGAAAACAUUAAAAAACUGAACAAAGGUGAAGAAGUGGUUGACGAUAGACCGUUUAUAUUCAGUCCUCCGGAAACGAGUGUUGCCGAAUUUAGAGCACUGUGGAACUUUACUCUGACGCAGGAUGUGCCUGAUACCUUAGAGAAGUUUGGUGUUUAAUAGGAUUUCUAUUUGCUGUAAAAAUCAUUAUUUAAUUACUUUCAAUGAGACGAGUCGGUCUUUAAAACUAUAGAAUCAAUUGUAUUUAUGUAUUUUGUAAUUAUUUAUUUUAUAAUAUUAGCAUUUUUUAAACAAAUUAUUAAUGUAAUAUUUAGCACAUACGGCUAAUAUAGUAGCAGUUUUUAUUUCUCAUAAAUUUUAUUACCAAUUGUGAUAAAAUGUUUAGAGGUUACUAUAUUUUUUGUUUAAAUAAACUCAACUUUAGAUGUAUAAGAAAGAAUAUGGUUAUUCUGCAGUUGAAUGAUCGACUGUAAAAUGAUUAUAUCAAUCAAUGCUUGAAAGUACAUUGGAAAUAAAGAGGACCCUGAAAAUUUGAGCCUGAUUUGAUCAAAUGAGGGUUGAGGUGUGUGAAUGUGCUCAUUUUUUGCUUAAUUGUCUCGAUUUCGUUAUUUUACGGCCUCCCAAAGCCGAUGGAUUUUUAAAAAAGCAUUAUUUUUAGAUGGCUGUAACUUUUUUCAAAUUUUCAGGAAAGUUAUCCUCAUCAAGCACUGAAAACAUCAACUAUAUCAACAUUGCUUUGAAUUCAACAAGCAAUUUAUUAACGUUUAUCAUUUGAACGUAUAUUAUACAGUUAAAUGAUAAUGAUUAUAUCAACUUAAAUUUAUUUUAUUUUGUA